AUGGAGGAGCGUGGCGAUGCGUUGAUGGCGGAGGCGGAGAAAAAGCUGAAGAAACGCUCGUGGUUCUCGUCGAGCGACACGAAAGUGGAUGAGUCGCAUGACACAUUUCUGCAGGCAGCCACGCAGUACAAGGCAGCUGGCAAUUUUACGAAGGUGGCCCAGGCGUACAAGCGUGCCUCUGAAAUGUCUUGCAAGAACAACAGCGAGUGUGAUCAGGCGGUGGAGAUGGAGGAGGCAGCAAAGGCCUACUUCAAGGCCGGCGACGCGAAGUCGGCAGCGACGCUGCUCAAGGACGUUGUGGACAUGUAUGACAAGGCCCAGAAGUACACAAACGCAGCCAAGGUGUGCUCUCUACUGGGCGACAUCACCAUGGGCGAUGAGGCUAUAAGGUGGCUGCAAGAGGCCGUGCGCUACUUCCGCAAUCAAGGUGCGAAGGUGACGGCCUCUGAGAUUGUGCUCAAGAUGGCGAACAUAAAGGCAGGCUCUGGCGACUACGCCGGGGCGCAGCAGCUCUACGACCAUCUUGCCCGCGAGGCAUUGGAGGACCGUGUGGCGCGCGGCAACGCACGCAAGCUGUUCUUUACGGCUCUCUUGUGCCAACUGGCCCUCAUGACGCCGGAGAGUCUCAUGGAGGAUGUAGGCGUGCUCGAGGAGCGUUUCCAGGAGUACCAGGACCUCGACACGCAGUUCAACAUGAACACUCGCGAGCACAUGGUUAUGACGGACAUGAUUGCAGCUAUCCAAGGCGAGGACACGGCCAUGUUCGACGAGGCGGUUCGCGAGUACGACUCCAUCUGUCCCCUGGACGACCUUCGCGAGAAGAUGAUCCUCAAGGGGAAGCAAGCUCUUCGUGAGCGGAUGAGUGACCUGCGGUAG